AUGCAUCGAGCUCACGUUAUCGAUGUAGGCGCACCACGGGAUACACCUCAAGGUCGAACACGUACCGGGACAAAGCAACAUCUCAGACCCGCUUUCGCGGGGCGAUAUUCGAGCCUUUCGAGGCGCUUCUUCGGGUCCAUCAUUCAGAACCAAUUUUCCACUACCGUCGCACCUCAGCGACAAAUUAUCCUUUGUUACAGUCUGAACUCCUCAUCACACAUUCCCGUUCCCCCAGCAACUCAAGACUUAUUAUCCCUUCGACCAUCACCGCUACAACCUCCUUGCACAGCGGAAUAUCGCAUUUUCUGCUGGCAUGGCAUCAACACGCCACCACCAUCCACGAUCGAACACCCUGUCAUCCAAUUUCUCGCGAACGUCUCCAAUCAAGCCUCGCUGCGAGAAACAACCAGCUACGGGUCGGGGCUACGAAAAUUCCACGUGUUCUGCGACAUCUUCUCCAUCUCAGAAGCCGACCGCCUACCAGCAUCAUUCGAAGUACUACACUCUUUCGCACUCUGGGCUGCAGUACCCUUCGAACCGGUCUCAGUUUCAGUCGCAAGAAAAUACUUGUCCGCAAUCCGCGCAUGGCAUCUGGCACAAGGAUGGCCACCUCCGCUAUCACCAGAACACUUCACGCGGAUUAACUGGUCACUCCGCGGAAUGGAAAACUUGCAAGGAACUCGCCGCAGACCAGUCAGGCCCCCAAUUACACUCCAAAUGCUAACGGCUAUCAAGGCCACCCUUCGAACAGACCAACCAUUCGAUGCGUGCCUUUGGGCAAUGUCCAGCUGCGCAUUCUUCGGAAUGAUGCGAUUCGGAGAGGUAGCCGUCAACGCUCGCGCGAGUUUCGACAAGUCGAAACACAUUACGAGGAAAGAUGUUUUCCUCAGGGUAGACUUAGCAGGAAAACCAUACACCAGGCUCAAUCUUCCACGAGCCAAGACAGCAAAAUCUGGGGAAACUCAGUCUGUCUUCAUCGUCGAACAAGGUGAUCUCUGCCCAAUUCAAGCGCUUAGAAAUCUAGCGGAAGUCGUCCCAGCUCUUCCAGACGACCCACUAUUUUCGUGGAGAGAUAAUAAAGGGCUCGUCCGCCCGAUGGUCAAGACCCGGGCCAUCGAAAGCAUCAACAGCAUAUUGACAGCCUGGAAUUGGGGGACAACCUUCGGCCACUCAUUUAGGAUUGGCGGAGCCUCGUUUUACCUCGCCAACAAGGUAGAUCCGGAAAUAGUGUGCAUAGCAGGUCGGUGGAAAUCCCUCGCAUACGAGACUUACAUUAGGGCGUUCGAACAAGUAGCGACGCAGCACCUGGGCGGCCUAGCAAGCAAUCACACAUCCCACGCAUGA